AUGAAGAUAACUGUGGAUCAUGAUCCGCAAGGAGAGAAAGAUGCUGUUGAAAGCAGAGGUGGUUUUAUGUUAAAAAGGCCAGGAAAUAUUCCACGUGCUGAUGGCCAAUUAGAUAUGACAAGGGCAUUUGGGGAUCGAAAACUAAAGGAGCACAUAACUUCAGAACCAGAUAUAACAGUAAAGAAGGUUGACGCUGAAACAGAUUUCAUCAUUUUGGCAAGUGAUGGAUUGUGGAAAGUGAUGUCAAACCAAGAGGCUUACGAUUGCAUUGAAGAGUUGGAUGAUGCUCAAGAAGCAGCUGAGGAGUUGAUUAAAGAAGCCUUAUCUAGGAAAAGCUGAGACGAUAUCUCCUGCAUGGUUGUUGUCUUUCACUAA